AUGGACUUUGCAUCAGUUUUCGAAAUCGGCUUGACCGAUGUGUUGAUAAUUGUGUUCUUGAUAUGCAUUGUAUAUCGACUCCUCAUAAGAAAAACCGAAACACCUAACCCAGAAGUUCAACCUGCUUCACUUCCUCCAAUGCCAAAACGUGAUUUCACUGUUGAUGAACUGCUUGAAUACAAUGGCACUGAUAAUGAGCGCAUUCUCAUGGCCAUUUGCGAUAAGGUUUAUGAUGUGACAAUGGGUAAACAAUUUUAUGGGCCGGAUGGACCGUACGGUAAACUGGCUGGUCAUGACGCAACGCGUGCACUUGCAACUAUGGAUGUUGGACUGGUUAAGGAUCAACAUGAUGAUAUCAGUGAUUUGAAGGACUAUGAAUUGAACGAAGCAAAGGAAUGGGCCGAAAGACUAUCUUGUAUGUUUUAUCGUCACCCUUAUUCCAUCAAUUUUUUAGUUAGUCAGAAAUGCCUCGCAACUUAG